AUGACGGGCGGGCAGCACAAGACGCCCGUGGACAGCAAGAGCGCCGUCUCCUCUGCGUCCCCCUCCAGUGGCGGUGCACAGGCUUUCGCGCCGUUGCCAUUCGAUGAGAGUCUCGUAGCUACAGCCAGCAGCACAGAGUCAACGUCCAGUACCUCAAUAACCGGCAGCAAGUCCGCAGCCGAUUUUUUCCUGGACCAGAUCGCCGCAGUCGUCUCAGACGAGAAAAAACUCUCGGAUAAUAUUAUGGACCUGAUCCCACCGGUAGAAGCGCCUGUGAGUCAAGCAGCGUCAACGCAGCCCAUGACGUCCAUGAGCAUGCCGCUACAGCCUCCUCCAGGCCUAAUGAUGCGUGCUUUAUCGCCUCCCACAUCGCUCCUACCGGACUUUGGAGACAUCGCUCCAUUGUCACUGCUUGGAGACGCUACAGUGACAACCACAGCGACUUCGACUGCAGUGGCAACGACCGUAACAACAGCAGUGAAACGGGAGCUUCCGGUGGUGAAGCCCGCAGUUACAGGUACAGCAGCGAUGCGGAGGAAAGCGGAGUUGGCCACAGCGGCCAGUGUGACGCACAAGAAGCAGAAAACGGAAAAUAUUAAGCCCGAAACUGUCGUCAAAGCCGCUCCAGCUGUGCCGGUGUCGGUGCAUCAGCAGAUCCAGCAACAGACCAGACAUCUGCACAAUAACAACGCGUUGACUGCGUCGGCCGCAGCGGCUGCCGCUGCUGCAGCACGCGAGAAAGUGAUGAAGGAGCCACAGUCUGGAGACUUGUACGAGUGUGUGAUCACGAAGCGGAAUGGCGGACUGGGACUGACGCUCGCGUGUGUGGACGACCACGUCCAGAUCACUGGACUUGCGCCUGAUACGCCUGCUGCUAGCAGCGGCAUCUGCGUGGGAGAUACGCUAGUUGCUGUGUCCGGUUUGCCCGUGCGUGGACUGCAGUUCUCGACUGUUAUUGGCCGUCUCAAGUCGACGUCACGCAACUCGGUCGUACUGAAGCUUCGUCGCAAUCCUUUUCGACAGAAUGCUGGGAAUUCUGCUGCUUAUCGUGGAAUAAAGCGACCUGGUCGUGGUGUGAUUAAAGGCUCGGAUAGCAGCAACAGUGCUAACGUGUUGUCAAGUAAGACGAUGGCGCUGGAAUCACGGAUAGGCGGAGGUCUAGGAAACGGUCAGAACGGAUCAGCAGCAAACAGCUUGCACAAUGGCAACACAAGCGCAGGUUUAGAUGAUCUGCAUCGCUCACAUCACCCCGGAGUAUCUGGUUUCACGUCAAGCCUGCAUGCUCAACACCUGUUGAAAUCGGAGCCCAUGAACUCGACCUAUUUUCCCACAGAUGCGUCCAUUCUCACAAUGGCGACAGCUCCAGGUUCUAGUGCUGCUGUGCCUCCCAGUGCUCUCGCGCCGUCGUCUUCUGUCUCAAAUGAAUCUCAGAGCGGCUACAGAGUUGCGAUUGAAGAGAAGGACCGGUACUACGCUGAAUGUCGAGCUCUUCGACAUGAACUGGGCAGAGCGAUGGUCGCACAACGGACGCAAAAGAGAAACACAGAGACGUACACUGCACAGCUACAGGCGGUCGUGGACAAGUUCCAGGAACAAGUUCGAGAACUGGUAACAGAAACAACAGCCACGGACGAGCUAGCAGCUCUGCGCCAAAAGCUGGUGGAGACGAAUCAGAAAUUGGCAAAGCAGCAGACAGAGAUGUUGGCACUUCAAGAGCGCGAGGCACGACAUGCACUUCCAGAAGCUCAGAGAGUAAAAUGGCAACUGGUGUCGCACAUGCGGAAGAGUGUGCUUCAGAUUGACUGCAAGGCGGCGUGUAAAGCAGCUUCCACACCAGUCAAGAAGACCGGGUCUUUGAGCUUCGAAGAGCGUCUAGACGGUGUGCGUCCAAGUGCGUUCGCAUUGCUGGUGGGACAAAACAACGUAAAGCCGGACACACAAACAACCGAGCUGGAUCUGGAUGCUAAAGCAUGUACAGAGCUGCUGGGCUGGAAUCUGCGAGAAGCUGUGGUCCAAGCAGGAGUGACGUACACUGUGAGUGUGGCGGAUGCUGUUCACGUCAAGUACAUGCGAACCGAAGAAGCGCUCGUCGUCUCGUGGACCCUUUGUGUCAAGGACAGCAAGAAGUGA